AUGCACAUCUCACCCCUCCUAGGCAUGGUCCUCGCCACAACCCUCCUCCUCCAAGGCGUCCCGGCCCCGCCAGCCCUCGUCGGCAUGGCCGGCAUGGUCGGGUCCAAAGUAGGCGGCGUCAUCGCGGCGGGUCUCAAAGCAGGCGGCAAGGGCAAACGCGACGACCUCGCGAUCCUCCACAUCCGCCAGAUGUCGCUCGAGAUCGAAGCCGAGCUGGAAAAGCGUGCACGCGGCGACGGACCGGAGGUCGCGCCGCCCGGCGUCCUCCAGCACGACUGGAACGAGUGCGUGCGCCAGGCGAGGAACUCGAGCUCCGGGAUUAACGUGGACGGGCCGAUUGGGGAUAACCACAUCCGCGUCACGGGGCUGCCGCCCGCGUGCAUGAAUCUCGCGGUGGCGAUUGGGGGGAUCGAUAAUCAGACGGCGGUCCCGGUGCCGUGCGGGACGGAUUGUAUCGAGUAUGGGAGUUUGUCGCCCGGGUAUUAUGAGGCUGUGAGGGGGUUCAUCAAUAAGAAGCUGAAUGCUGGGAAGGAUGUAAAGGCGAAGAGGAAUAUUCGGUGGUCUGAGGACGCGUGGCAGAAUGCGCGAGGGGGGCAUCGGGACUGA